UGGAUUUUGGGCCUUUGGAGGCAAAAUUCGGCUUGACAACAUUCGGAUUUGGAUUCAGCGGGGUCCAACCACUCUAGAACCGCCACGUUGACAAAUGUCGCACGAAAUGCCCCUUAGAGAAAAAAUUCUGAAAAUGUCCACUAGUCUAUGUGGCCGCGGGGGUGCCGCGGGGCCGCCCCGCCUCACCCGCGCUGGCCCGCUAGUCUCUCGACGUGCUCAGCCGCCUUGCCUUUGGUCGAGGUGCACCGCGCGCUGCACUGUGCUGCACUGUGCUGCACUGCGCCGCACUGCGAUGCACUGCGCUGGCGGACUGGCCGCGCUGGACUGGAGGCCCCGGGCCUUCGCUCCCAGCCCCGGCACCGACCCUCUCGCCUGCGCCAAGCCAAGCCCGCUGACCACCGGUUUCCCGCCCAGUCUGCAGCGCCAAGUCAAGUCCGUCCGGUCCGAGCAGAGCAGAGCCGCGCAGCAGAGCUCAGGGCAGAGCGGCGGGGCGGAGCAGGCGGAGCCAGGACUGUCUCGUCCCGGUGCAAGGACGGCUGAAGGUCGGCCCGGGUGGGCCCCAUGCCCGCGCAGCCCGCGCACCCCGCGCAGCCCCGCGAGCGCGGCCCCCUCCCGCCCCGCGCUCCCGCCGCGGCUCGCGCUCUCUCCCACUCGCGGCCCGGGGCGCCGGGUCGCGCCGCGGGACGGGGACGGUGCACGACGGCGGCGGACGCAGCCCCUGCGCCACGAUACGCCCAUAACCUCGACGCGAGCGCGGGCCUCGCAGCGCCGUCAUGGCCCGUCGUCCAGCGGGCGCGCGGCCGCGGGUCACGCCCCAGGAGGGCGCGCUGCCGGCGGCCGGGCCCCGGUGCUACAGCCGUGUAGGGGCGGCCGUCACGUCCCGUAUCUCUAUCUCGAGUAUUUUGUCGCGUAGGCACGAGGGCUGGCGCUGCGGCCCCGCGGUCACUAGCAGCAGACGACGUCGGUGGCAGACGCCGCGACACUAGCGCCCCCCGCGGACACCGCGCAUGCGCUUUUGCGCGCGCCAUUUCGAUCGCUUCGCGGCUUUGCCCCUUUGCCCUGCCGCCCUGCCUAGGCGUCAGGGUGGCGGCACGGAGGGGGUUGGUGGUGGUUGACAGAGGCCUGGAAGUAAUCGGGGGGAAAAUGGAAAAUCUUGGCAGUUUAGGAGUAGCACAAUGGGGAUAGGUGAACGGGGCCGCUGUUUCAGUGAACGUUAUGUUAGAUCCAUUAACCCGGAUAUAAACUUUUCGAUGGGGGGCGGUCCCGGCCGCAGAUGUCAACUGACUGAAAUAGUACCUGCACUUCGGUUUCAGAUACUUCCAAACUUUUGCUUGGUAAUUUGACUUUGCGGUUUUCUCUUCCCAUUUGAGCACUCCUGAAAAUCAACAAUGUUGGUCAUUCGAAGGUUGCCCAGCUUAAUUUACCGCCACCGGCAAGUAACUUGUGGGUUGAUUUUGACAGGGUUAUUCCUUGUUUGUGUCAUUUACCUUUUAAUGGAUUGGGGGGUUGUCUGUUCUAAUGUCUUGGUCUGGAGGCAUGUUAACAAACUGUGUGACAGCUUUGCAAAGGAGGAAAUUGUAGGAAAUUUAUGCCCAGCACUAUGUGUUGAGCAAAAGAUUCGUGCCCCAGCAUGUCAUACAUUUCGUGGUGGCAAAGAGGCAAUAUUCUCAGCAGAAAAAGAUGAUGGAACCCAGCUCAUCUUUAAAUACUCGGCAAAAUAUUCAAGGGAUUCCGCCUUGAGCGAGACUAUGUUUCAGCCUGACAGCUUUGGAAGGAUACCUGUCCCAACUGAAGUAGAAUACAAGUACAUGUUACAAGAAUUGCUUGUUUCCAAGCUUAAUACUUCUGUAUCAGAACAACAGGUUACAUCUCUCAUGAGAACAGUAAUACAACAUGAAUCUACUCACCCAAGUUAUGGAGAAGAACUUCUAAACCUAUGGCUAUUGGCACAUGACCAUGAAUUUGUGUGCUCUGCUCUCUUUGGUGAUCGGGGUGUUUUCCCUCGACUACUUGGUGUAUGUGGAAAGUUUUAUGCUGUUGAAUACCUGGAGCCACUUCCUGCUGAUGCUGGGUGGCCUGACAGAGUGAGGCUUGCUGUUAUGACUCUUGAACUUUUGGAGCAACUGGAAACGGAUCUCCCUGAACCUUUCCAUCUUUGUGAUGUAAAGAUGGAUCACUUUGGAAUUGCGCCAGGUGCACAAAGAAUCAAGUUUUUGGAUCUUGACUCUGUUCUGCCGCGCAAAUUUGCUAGCCACAUUACUGGGGAUGGACGCCUGUGUGAAAGGCAUGCUGACUGUGAUUUCUUUGAUUGCCGUUCACGAUGUGGAGACCUGAGUGGCACAUGCGACUAUCCUGUGACCAACAAUAAUCUCCAAAUUGUUUGUGAAAAAUUAUUUGUUGGCUGGACAAUGUCAGGGACUGUAGUAGUUCCAGGUCUCCUUAUGUCACCAAAAACUUCAUCAUCACUUUCUGCUCUUCUGCGUCUCUGUUCUAAUCCAGAUUCAGAAACUAAUGAUCUUGCUAGAUCUGCUGCAUCAGAUCACACAAGAAGAAGACUGUAUUCCAUGCUGUCUGAGAUGUAUAGUUCUCUUAGCUUACUUGACUGAUCUAUUGAUAUAUAUGUAAGUGCCACUAUAUGACACAUUUCCAGACUGUAGUUUUAAACUAGCCAAAGUAGAUUUACUCAAUGUUAACUAGUUUCUUACUGAAUUUUGGUGAGAAAUAAAACCUCUGUUGCUUUUUAUAAAUGUUUUAUCCUUUGAGCAGUAUUAGUUUUUCUUAAUCAGAGAUUCCAUGUAGUAAUAGUAAGUAGUUUUAGUACCUCAUAAUUGUGAUGUGUUGGAAAUUUACCUUAAUACUCUUGACAGUAUUGAUAUUGUUAAACAAUAUGAACUGAGUAACUUUUACUAUAGUGACUUCACUGUACAACCAGCAAGUUGUUUUAUCGGACAAAGCCAAUUCAUUACUUAAAUUUUGUUGUAAAAAAAGUAAAACUGAAAUUGGCUGUGCAGAUAAAGAGAUUGGAAAAGACACAAAACAUAAUCAAAAUGGUAUAUACUUGGUUUUGAAUAGUCCCUAUUUCUGUUUGGCAUUAUGUGGAAACUUGCGUAAAUCUGUUACUCAGUCUGAAAAUAAUAAAUAUGUUUUACAACGUG